GAUUUGGAUUAAUUUCUCAUAUUAUUAGUCAAGAAAGUAAUAAAAAUGAAACUUUUGGAAACAUUAGAAUAAUUUAUGCUAUAUUAACAAUUGGAUUAUUAGGUUUUAUUGUUUGAGCACAUCAUAUAUUUACUAUUGGUAUAGAUGUUGAUACACGAGCUUAUUUUACUUCAGCAACUAUAAUUAUUGCUAUUCCUACAGGUAUUAAAAUUUUUA